CCGCAGGAGCCCGCCAUUGCGAACCUGCCCACUACAAUCUUCAUCUGUACCAUAGCUUAGGCACCUCAUAUAUCAGCUCACACAUUGAAUUCUAAGACAUUAGCUAUAACUUCUUAUACACCUAACUACCUAAGUUACCUUAUAUCGCUAAUUCUUGUUUCGUCUUGGUUCUCGUAACCUUUUCCCUCUUACCUAGGUACCUAUAUUCAUCGGCUCGAGAGCCAAUUGCGACCAAGAAUGACGACCGUCAAACGGCGAUAAUGCGACUGAACUGCGCCAAUGCAGUUUUGGUUGCUGCUAUAAAACUAUCAAGUCUCGUCAUUGUCAAUGGUCAAUUUCCAAAUUCUACGUCUCGAGACCUGAAUCUUACAACCAUUUCCUCCCCCAUUGACCCUAAUAUCAAGAUCAGCUAUAAAGUACCUCAUGGAGCCUGCAAUACCGCAUUCGAGUCGCAGACGCAGUAUACCGGCUGGGUGAGCCUCCCGGGUGAUUUCCCUACCAAUACCUUCUUCUGGUUUGUUGGCGCGCGGGACAAGCAAGCCAAUUCUAGCCUAACAAUCUGGCUCAAUGGCGGCCCGGGGUCAAGUUCUAUGUUCGGCUUUUUCGCAGAGAACGGUCCUUGCGAGGUAGUUGAUAAUGGCACCGACAAGUUCACCACUAUAGCGCGAGAAUGGGGUUGGGAUAGGGCGUCAAAUAUGUUAUUCAUAGACCAGCCGAACCAGGUUGGGUUUUCCUACGAUAUCCCUACCAAAAGUUCUAUCAACUUGCUCACCAACGAGAUCUAUACCCCACCUGACGAGAGACCGGAUUCGCUACCGCCGAGCGCAUAUCUAGACGGCACAUUCAGUUCUAUGAAUGUCAACCAUACUGCCAACACAACCGAGACGGCAGCCAUUGCCAUAUGGCAUAUGCUACAAGGAUUCUUAGGGGCUUUCCCGGAGUUGAAUCCUCCAAAGGAUAAUGUCCUAGGCGUGAAUUUGUUUUCGGAAAGCUAUGGAGGGAAGUACGGCCCCGCGUUUGCGCAGAAAUGGGAACAGAUGAACACCGUUCGAGGCAACGGGAUUGUUUCAAAUAGCACUUCCGUAGAGAUUCGCCUUGUCUCACUUGGUAUUGUAAACGGCUGCGUCGAUGACCUGAUCCAAGCACCGUAUUAUCCCAUCAUGGCAGUCAACAACCCCUAUGGGUUUCCUGCCAUCAACUCCGUCAGAGCAAAAAUGGCCAAUGCUAGCUUCUACAAUGACGGUGGGUGCCGCGAUCUGAUCAACCAAUGUCGGACUGCAGUUGCUAGCAAAGACCCGAAUAACAGCGGUUCGGUGCCAGACGUGAACCACAUCUGCGAGUCCGCCUACAAUAACUGUACCAAUAACGUCAUGCUACCUUACUCGGAUGCCGGUCGCAGCCUCUAUGAUAUCGCCGCGCCUCUGCCCGACUCAUUCCCGCCUCGGCGAUAUCUGGAGUACGUGAACACGCCAACCUUCCAAAAGGCCAUCGGUACGCGCCUCAAUUACACGGAGACAAACAGCCAAGUUGCCACGGCCUUCGCCUCCACCGGAGACUACGAGCGCGAGGCAAUGGUGCCCAAGCUAGCCUCGCUCCUUAACGCAGGUAUUCGCGUAGGCUUGAUAUACGGCGACCGAGAUUAUAUUUGCAACUGGCUAGGCGGCGAAGCGGUAUCCCUAGCGCUCGCCUCGUCCGCAGCAGGCUACGAAUCAGCCUUCGCGUCCGCGGGAUACGCGCCCAUCAUCGUCAACGACAGCUACGUCGGCGGUGCGGUGCGGCAAUUCGGCAACCUGUCCUUCAGCCGCGUAUAUCAAGCCGGCCACUUCGUACCAGCGUAUCAGCCAGCCACGGCUUUCGAAAUAUUCGCGCGGGUCAUCCGCGGCGACAGCGUGUCCACGGGAGAGAACAUCGACCUUUCUACGUAUAACACAACUGGCUCCGCCGAGGCCAACAGCGCUCUCGACCUCCCCGCCGCCCCAUCACCAACCUGCUGGCUUCGCGACGUGCCCGGCAGCUGUAAUGAGGAGCAGCAGAGCGCCAUUCUAAACGGCCAUGGUUUCGUUGUCAAUGGUGUUGUACAAACAGGUCCAACCGUCACGACGCCACCAGCGUCUGCUGUCGCCGAUCCCUCGACAGCUACAACUCAGCUCACCGGCUUGUUUACAGCUACCGCAACCCCGUCAAGUGUAGCCAUGCCAAGGGUAAGGCUUGGUAUUGACUUAGGGUUAACUGUCGGCGGCGGUGUUAUUGUUGCGAUACUGAUUGGUUCAUAAGUUUAACUCUCACCUUAUACAGUAUUUUGCACAGCAUAUCUAUCAUUGGAGUCAUCCACCUUGGACUGAAUCAUCAUACUAGAUACCCAUACCCGAGCAAUAGAUAAUUCAUGAUAUUAUAUUGUCUAUCAAGCCUUGUCGAUGUGGUCAACAUGUGCCCAAGAUUGUCUAAUAUCAAACAAGAUUUCCUGCCAUAUACAUCUGAUUUACCCAUUGCCUGCCUACAUGGUAGGUUAGAUGCCUUAGGUUAGGUACUAAAUCAAAAUUUCGGUAACAAUUCUAAUUCAUACCUCAUAA